GCGUGCACGUUGCGUAAUGACAUCACGAGGCGGCGCCGGUGUUAUAAGAGCGAGCCGUAGGCGCGGGCGGCCCUUUUUCUCGGUCGUGAAGAUCUGCUCGCCGGCGCAGCCGGGCGCACGGAGCCAGCAUGCCCGUGGCGAGGAGCUGGGUUUGUCGUAAAACCUACGUAACCCCGCGGAGGCCCUUCGAGAAGUCCCGCCUUGACCAAGAGUUGAAGCUGAUCGGCGAGUAUGGGCUCCGGAACAAGCGCGAGGUCUGGAGGGUCAAGUUCACCCUGGCCAAGAUCCGCAAGGCGGCCCGGGAGCUGCUGACGCUGGACGAGAAGGACCCUCGGCGGCUCUUCGAAGGCAAUGCUCUCCUACGGCGACUCGUCCGCAUCGGGGUGCUGGAUGAGGGCAAGAUGAAGCUGGAUUACAUCCUGGGCCUAAAAAUUGAGGACUUUCUGGAGAGGCGCCUGCAGACUCAGGUCUUCAAGCUGGGCCUGGCCAAGUCCAUCCACCACGCCCGUGUGCUCAUCCGCCAGCGCCACAUCAGGGUCCGCAAGCAGGUGGUGAACAUUCCGUCCUUCAUUGUGCGCCUGGACUCCCAGAAGCAUAUCGACUUCUCUCUGCGCUCCCCGUAUGGGGGAGGCCGCCCAGGCCGUGUGAAGAGGAAGAAUGCAAAGAAGGGCCAGGGUGGGGCUGGAGCCGGGGAUGACGAGGAGGAGGAUUAAGCCCACCCUUCAAUUUCUGUCCAAGGAUUUAGUUUUCUAGUACAGAAUAAACCAGGAUGAAGAAAACCA